AUGUUUUUCCUGCUGAUACAUGGAAGCCUCUCUCUCUCCAGACCGCAGUGUUACACAUGUGACCAAACAACCUGCAAGUGCUCAAGACAAAACUUUGAAAAAGUCCCUGUAACCCCUCUAAAGCUCAUCACUGAACUCGACCUGUCAUUCAACAUGCUGACAACCAUAGGGAAGAACGACUUUGAUGCACAUGCCAGUUUAAUAUCUUUGCUCAUGAACAACAACCAAAUCAACACGAUUGAGGAGCAAGCAUUUGCAGAGCUGACUAAUUUAGAGAAACUGGACUUGUCCUUCAACAGACUGGAGACGUUGUCUGCUGGAUGGUUUGAGAAGCUGUAUUCUCUUCAGCAUUUGAACCUUUUGGGCAAUACAUAUAAAACACUGGGUCACGGUGGUCUUUUCCAGCCACUGAAGAGAUUGAGGAUCCUUUAUUUUGGAGGACCAAACUUUCUUUAUGUCAGAAAUGUGGACUUUUCUGGUCUCAGUCAUCUUGAAGAAAUUAUUAUUGAUGGUAUGAAUCUGAAAGGCUACGCAGGAGGAAGUUUAAGUCAAACUAGGCCAAUCGAGCGUGUUACACUCAGUCUAGAUGGUCCAUUUCAGAUGAAUGCAAAGCUUGUAAGAAACAUUUUAACUGACAUUGUUCAUGCAAACACAACCCUGACAUUCAGCAACACCACGUUCAGCGAUUCCAAUCAAAUGUUCCUGCUUGAUGUGGUCAAACACGGUGGAACAAGAAGUCUUAUUUUUAAGAAUGGAAGGAUUUCAGAUGCAGCUUGUUACGCCCUUAUGAAGCUACUGUCAGGCUCCAAUAUAACUAAGAUUACUGUUGAAAAUGUAAAACUCUUCAUGACUUUUGGGACUUUUGUGGGUGACCUUAAAUUUGACCACUUGGAGGAGGUUGUUCUCAAGAAGGCCAUUAUCCCUGAUUUUUGGAAUGUCCCGGUCCUAAUAUCCCUGGCGCAGCAACUGAUGGUGAUUCGUAGGCUAACAGUGGUAAACUGCAAAGUGUUUGAUACACCUUGUGAGUCGUCUGUCCUUUUCAUUCGUCUGGAGUAUUUGGACCUCAGUGAAAAUUAUAUAUAUGAUCCAAAUCUUUCACGGUUGUUGUGUGAUGGAAAGGGAGUUUUACGGAAACUGCGAACCUUCAAUAUCAGCAGGAAUAGCUUGCGGGUGAUCAACAGCAGGAUCUUCACCAGAUUGGACAACCUUGAACAUCUCGAUAUGAGUGGAAAUGAAUUUCAUAAUAUGCCUGAGACUUGUUACUGGCCCCCCAGUCUUCAGGUUUUGAACCUUUCUUCCUCUCAUUUAACAAAAGUGACAGCAUGUUUGCCACAAAGUUUACACAUUCUCGAUCUAUCAGACAAUGCUUUGACUGUUUUCAACAUCAGUCUGUCGUUUCUUAAAGAGUUGUACAUCUCUGGAAACAAGCUAAGAAGUUUACCAGAUGGUGGUUUCUACCCUGGUCUCGCAAUGCUCUCCAUUCAAAAUAACGGCCUGCAGACAUUUAGCAGAAAUAUUCUAAAUGCUUACAGCAAUCUGACAAGUUUAAAGGCUAGUACCAGCACAUACGUUUGUUCAUGUGACUUUGUGGCGUUCAUGAAGAGUGAAGUGGUCCAUCAUCAGGUCUCAAUCAGAGAUGAGUUCAGGUCUUACAUCUGUGACUCCCCUGAUGGAGAAAGAGGGAGAAGCGUAGGAGAUGUGAGCUUGUCUGUGUUCGAGUGUCACACAGCCUUGGCUUUUUCUUUACUCUGCUUGUUCAUCCUUGGAGUGAUUUUGCUCAUUGUAGGUUUCUGUAACAAAUUCAAUGUUUUGUGGUAUCUAAAGAUGACCUGGACCUGGCUGAGAGCUAAGAAGAAGCCCAAGUUAAAGAAGGGAGAGCUUGAGUUUGACGCCUUUGUGUCGUACAGCGAAAUGGACUCUGGCUGGGUGGAGGCACACCUGGUCCCUGAGCUGGAGCAGGUGGAGCCUCGUCUCCGGCUCUGCCUUCACAAGAGAGACUUCUUACCUGGAGGCUGGAUCCUGGACAACAUCAUGGACGCCAUAGAGAGGAGUCACAGAACUCUGUUUGUCCUCUCUCAGCAUUUUGUCAGGAGUGAGUGGUGCAAGUACGAGCUGGAUUACACUCAUUUCAGAAUGUUCAAUCAUAAUGAUGACUCAGUUGUGCUGAUUCUGUUAGAGCCCAUUGACAAAGACAGCAUCCCCAAAAAGUUCUGUAAGCUCCGGAAAGUCAUGAACUCUAAAACAUACCUGGAGUGGCCUGAUGACGACACCCAGAUCCCCAGAUUCUGGCAGAGCUUGAGAAAAGCUACUUUAAGACCUGGAAUGGGAAACAGCAAUGUGUAA